GUGAUCCAGCGGGUACGGCUUAGUGGGCGCUGGUGGCGGUUUGCGCAUGCUAAAAAGUGGAGGCAGCCAAACGACCUGCCGGGCGGCAACAGACUGUGCACCGCACUGUGUCCAUUCUGAAAAGGGCACAUUUGGGCGGCGCCAGAGGCCUGGCGAUCGCCCAAAACCAGCCACAAGUGGUAAGCGACCAGUGUCAUAUUCUGUUCUUAGCGGAUGCCCAAGCUGCAAAAGGGGCUGCGACCUGCAAAUCGUCUCAAAUUACGGGAGAGAUAGUCGUCGGUACGGUGGCAUUUGGCCUGAAUUGCCUACGUUGCGUACAUGGCAAACCGUGCGCCGUGCCCUUUCGCCACGGGCAGUCACCUUUGAUUCGGUGUCUUUUUAUUUCUUUAACCGAACUGGGGCAAAUUGGGUGGGCGGCGGACAGGCACUGACCAGAAGGCAGAGGGAAUACGAACUGGAUCGAUCGACUUACCGGGAUGGUACUAGCCUGGCUUAUGGGAGGCGGUUUAGUUACGAAGUUUGUUGUUGAGUUUGCAUAGCUGCAAGAGUAGCAUAGUUGGGAGGAGCUCUAUGCAUGCAUAUGAUACCGUCUGCUGCUACUGAAAAAGAAAAAGGUACAGAUGGAAUUGCCGCAUUAUAGAAACAUGUCCACGUUGCUGGCCCAGCCUACUAUUUGCCACGCUGGAAUGGGCGUUUUAUUUCCAGGGUCGCCAUCUCAGACGGGCGGUCUCAAGAUGAGGCGUGUUUUUGCUAUCCAGGGAGGACACCUUUGCGUAGAAGUUGCAUGAUCUUCUCGGAUCUUCGAUUUCCAGCCUGUCCCUGCUUGCAAUGUCACGAUUCAUUAGCUAGGAAACCCGAAUAAUAUCUAUUCGAAUUUUCUUGGGUAGAGGCAGGGCAGCGAGCGACUCGAUGAGCAUGGACCCAUUGAAGGCUCUGGCGCUGUGGAUAACAGCUGGGGCUCAGGUGGGAAAAGACCCCUAUUAUGACGACACCGGCGAGGUAUGGAUAAGUUUUGGCACAGUGCAGACCUGGGCUCAUGGUAAAGAAAAAUCGCAUGUUGAUUCACAACGUGUAAACUAGUGCCACAUGCCAACCAUUCAACCACGCCUUUACUGCUUUUUAGGUUUUCACAAAACACUUUGACCUCUCUGCAGCUUGAAAAUUUACGCCUCUACACGACAGGCUCCCGCCAUUCCCCUCUACGGCGUUAGUGGGUAGUGGGGAGCCAUUACGUCACCAACUCUUGCAAUACGGGCGGUGGGAUAGGCUACCAGUAUGGCCACACAGGGCAGGCAAAGUGUGUAAGCAAGUCGCAACUUUGGGCUAUUACGCCUAAUUCGGCCCGAGCCUACCGGGCGUUUUUCCCUGGGAAGGAUGCGGAAAGUUUGUAUGCGAGGAAAUUCGGCCGAGAUGAUAAAUUUGUCGAAGAAUAUCGGCUGCUUAUGACUCACGACCAACCAAUAAGCGACUGUUGCAUAUUCGCUAGAGUCAUGCGGCUUGAGAUUUGCUCGACCCGACUCGUGAAGCGAGAAGUUCCCCUGGACGAUAUGCAAAGUCCGUGCACCAGCUCCUUUGUCAUGUUCGGGCCGUCAUCGCGUGCGCCAACUGAUUCUGUGAAAGUUGACUACUAGCCAUGCAAUCUCUGAAGUGAGGCCACUAGGAGCUCUGAGGUGUUCGUCAUGCAGUCGCGUAUCUGGAACAACAAGAACAUGAUUUAUAAUGACUACAGGUUACUGGGUACUUUUGCAUUCUGUAUCAUGUCAGUAUGACAGAGCGAACCGGCAGAUGUGUUCCGGCUUGGUAUCAUGACUGACCUGAUGAACCUGUCGAAGAGACUCGUGAGCAUUUCAACCCCACACAGGUAGAAUUCUAAAAGUUAGGUUUUCAACGCUCUCACCCACACGGUAGCAGUCUACAGUAGAACUGCUGAUGAUAAGUACAGGUGAGCAGCAGAGCGUCAGCUGCCAUCACAUCUGUCGUUGGCGGAGUCCAAAAUGUCAGUUGGACCAUCAUAAGCUCUCUACAGGGGCGACAAUUCCCGAUUUGUGGGAUAAUAGCCGGCUCCGAAAUAAUGGCAGCUGCAAAAUGCAGGGGACUGCACGGUUGAGCACCGAGCAAAUGCAAUAUAAUAUGAAAGCUAGACAAUAAUAGCCGUCGGGCAGAGCAAGACGGCGAAACGGCAGUUUGCAUGCGCCACCUUGCUAACAAUCCUAUUGUCUCAACAGCUACCAAAACUACCAAAAAGAAAAGAAUGGACGAGCCGCUGCAGCUAUCCGGAGAUAUUUGGCGUGAUUCUUCUUCUGUUGUAUCAAACAAAUAUUUUACAUCGUUUUUUUGCUUCUUCUCUGUAACGUUCUCCAUGUCACCAGACACAACGCCCAGCAGACACACACAUUAGCUUUGGCAGCUGGCACGCGACGCCCUAGUGGCAGGUACACGAGACGCGCCCGUUAAAUUAGCUUCCCCGCAUCCAAGCCCCUUGAGUCUUGGCCUCUUCCCCAAUCCGCCACAGCGAGCAAAACCAACAGACCAGGCUUUCAGUGGAGAGGCGAUGCUGCCUGUGGCUGCCCAUUAGGCGAGAUUGCCCUGCCGUUUCAAGAUGGGCGCCCCCAGAUGCUGGCCAGAUUGUGCGAUGUCUUUAGACUUUGAGGCGAUGGAAAACGCGAAACUCGCUAUGAGCACCGCUGUGACUCUGGAAAGUAUCGCGCACACUAUCGCUUUACUAUUGUUCCUUUGUGCAAUGAGAAAGCGCUAAUCUGGAACAUUUGUCAAACGAAGACGCGUUGCCGCUUGGAUAAAAAAAAGACAGAGAAAAAUCAUCCCUAAUAUUAAGCCGAGCAGAUGCAGAGUCGGCUGCGCCAAUAGGAGCUGAUCAUUUCGAUGCCCCUCCGUUAAAUUGCCCAUCAUUGCCUGCAGCACACUAAUACAAACUGGGCGCGCCAUGUAACAUCCGACCCCUUUCCCCAACAAUGGUCUCAUGAGAAGCUCUGCUUCUGGCAGUACGCGUGCGCCCUGACAGCGCCGCCCGAGACAUGUCAUGGGGAAAGGAUUGCACCCGUCGCGUAUCCCCAGAUAUCGCACAACAGGCUGUUCAAAGAAGAGAGGAAAGACAGAAAGACUAAAACGCGUGAAUAGCGAGUGGCAUCGUCAUACAAAAGAGACACGCAUAAUGCAAAGCACUCGACUUCUAGCGCUUAGCCAAAGGAUCUACACCAAACUACUGGCAAACGAGUGAGAAUAAUGUAACCACCCAUCGGCGCAACCUAACUUGAAUCUCGAAUUUCUCUUCACCUGCAAUAAGGAAACUAGCUCGUUCUUAGUGUUACAUCCGGCCCCAGUUCAUGCAUGUUCAACUAUCCAUGUGCCCAUACUUUCCACUCCUCUUCGUCCCCCCAUGAUGAGCUACAAGUACCUUUUGGGUCUUGUUCCCACCAAAUGAGACCUUUUGUCCUCAUCGGAGCUCAAUUGUCCGGCGGGUGGCGCGUUGGAGCUUUCUCGGCCGCGACUUUGCACGCCCCGAAGGCCCGAUUGUCUCGUCCCUGUCCAUAUAAGUCCCUGCCCUCCUCCUCCUCCCUUGAAGAAUCGCUCGACCCGUUCUGAAUCAAAGUCCACCGUUUGCAAAAGAUUCUCUUGCAUCCUAAUACAUCAUGCAUUUGCUGCAACUUGGGGCUCUGUCCUCUACACUAUUCGCGCUCGGCGCGCACAGCCGUGUCUACAACACCACCGACAAACACUUCGAUGUCCUCGAUUACAUUGACCCUUUGAUCGGAACUGACAAUGGAGGUCACGUCUUCCCUGGUGCUUCUCUUCCCUACUCUAUGGCUAAGUCCGUCGCCGACGUCAGCUACGAGAACCAGGGUGGCUUUUCUUCCAACGAUGCCGACAUUACUGGCUUUUCUCACAUGCACGACAGUGGCACAGGUGGUGGUUCCUCCAUGGGCAACUUCCCGCUUUUCCCCCAAUCUGGCUGCCCAGGUGAUGAGUUGAACAGAUGCAAGUGGAACAAGCACGACCGAUCGAUCAAGCGAAUCAAUGGCACUGUUUUGGCCCGCCCAGGCUACUUUGCUGUCACCAUGGCAAACCAGAUCAAUGCUGAAAUGACAGUAACAAACCGUACUGCCCUAUAUCGAUUCACCUUCCCCGACCAACGCGAGGCUGGUGUUCCCAACUCUCCGGUCAUCUUGACUGAUCUUACUGAUCUUCCCGGAUCGCGUAUUGUAGGUGAUAUCAAAGUCGACCCCCACACCGGGAGAAUUACCGCUAGCGGUGAAUGGCGCCCAUCGUUUGGUCUUGGAAGCUACAAGUCCUACAUUUGUGCCGACUUCAAGGGCGCUACCAUCCGUGAUACAGGUGUCUGGAUCAACAACCGCGCUGGCACCCAGCCCAAGAAGUUGAGCCUGCCCGAUGACGGCAACAGAGUUCCCGGUGGUGCCUUUGUCCGCUUCAACGCCCCUCAGCACGAUAACCAGAUUUUGGCUCGUGUUGGUCUCUCUUUCAUUAGCACCGAGCAGGCCUGCCAGAAUGCCGAGCAUGAGCUCAAGGACUUUGGCUUCGAACGCGUUCGCUCUGCCGCAGAGGACGCUUGGAGAGAGAAGCUUUCUACCAUCAAGGUAGACAACACUGGUGUCGCUGUCGGCAUCCAGCGAUCCUUCUGGAGUGGCAUUUACCGCGCCGUGCUCUCCCCCCAGGACUACACUGGCGAGAACCCUCUCUGGAAGAGCGAUGAGCCCUACUUCGACUCCUACUACUGCAUGUGGGACAGCUUCCGCAGCACUCACCCACUCCUGACCCUUCUCGACCCCAAGGUCCAGACUCUCAUGAUCCGCAGUUUGAUCGAUGUUUACAGAAAUGAAGGCAAGCUUCCUGACUGCAGAAUGAGUCUGUGCAAGGGCUUCACCCAGGGUGGCAGUAACGCCGACAACGUCUUGGCCGAUUCUUACCUCAAGGGUCUUCGCGACGGCAUCGACUGGGAGACCGGCUACGAAGCUGUCGUCUCUGACGCCGAGGAGGAGCCCGCCAUGUGGACAGUUGAGGGCCGUGGUGGUCUUACCAGCUGGAAGAGCCUCGGCUACAUUCCUACUGAUGACUUUGACCCGUACGGCGUUGGUAUCUUCUCUCGCUCUGUUUCUCGUACUGUUGAAUACUCCUACAACGAUUUCUGUAUUGCCGAGAUGGCUCGCGAGAUGGGCAAGUUUGAUGACGCUGAGAAGUACCUCAAGCGCUCUGGCAACUGGAAGAACAUGUUUGACCCCGAGUCCAAGUCUAUCGUCACCGCCAACGGUAACUUCAAGGGUUUCCUUCAGCCCCGUUACCUCAACGGUACCUUUGGCUACCAAGACCCUGCUUUCUGCACCAUGCUCGACAACUUCUACUCGUGCUACCUCAACCCCGAUGGCCACGAGACAUACGAAGGCGGUUCUUGGCUCUACACCUUCUACAUCCCCCACGACCAGGCUACGUUGAUCCCCACGCUCGGUGGCACUGACGAGUUCCUCCGCCGUCUGCGCUACUUCCACGACACCCCUGGCCUAUUCUACAUUGGCGACGAGCAGGCCUACAUCCUUCUUUUCCUCUUCCACUACAUUGCCCGCCCCGCGUUGUCUUCCUACUACGCCCACAAGUAUGUUCCCGGCUCCUUCAACGAUACCAUUGGUGGCCUUCCCGGCAAUGACGACUCUGGUGCCAUGGGCAGCUUCAGCUCCCUCACCAUGAUGGGCAUCUUCCCCAUGAGUGGCCAGGACGUGUACCUCAUCAUCCCGCCCUUCUUCAAGGAGGUCUGCAUCAAGAACGACCUCACUGGCAAGACUGCCACCAUCCGCAACAAGAACUUCGAUGCUAGUUACACCAACAUCUACAUCCAGAACGCCACGCUCAACGGCGAACCCUACAACAAGAACUGGAUCACCCACAAGUUCUUCCAAGAAGGCGGCCUCCUGGAGCUCGAACUCGGCCCCAAGGAGUCGACAUGGGGAACCAGCAAGGAGCUGGUACCUCCCAGUGCCUCCACAAGCUUCUGGAAGAAGUAGAGUUGUAAAUAUUCGGUGGUGACAAACACGCACACGCUCUUUGGCUUUCAUUCUCUCUUGUUUUCUUACCCUUCUGUUUCCCGAACAUACUUUUACAUAUAUUCAGUUUAUAACUUUUCUCAAUACGAGGCAUUUUCUUUUUUUCUUCAGUUACAAUUUUUAUUUCCGUUCCAGUUGUGUGUUUAAUAGCAAUUGAUUAUAAAAUGCAGAGCAGUAUGAUAUGGACGAAAAUGCGCGCUUAACCGUAAAGAAUAACUCCCACACAACCUCUAAGCGGAUGAACAACGACACGCAAUCCCGUAGAGCAAACUUAAAACGUCAACCGCUAAACAAACUUGUAAUAAAAAACCCUGACUUCUUCUCGUUUUAUCUCCUAGGAACGAGCCCUUUACCAAACUGCGCAGCGGAGCUUCCUGCCGAGUUACGGCCUGCAGCGACGCUGUUCCUCACUAUAAGGGCGGCAGCCGCUGUGGCGGCUUGUCUUUCCUUUUGCCUGUGCCUCUCUUUCAGAUACUGCGUGGCCUCGGGUCUCAUACGCAGGAUUCUCAGAAUCAUAUCGUCACUGGGGUCGGCGUGUGUUUCACGUCUCUUUGCCUCCUUUGCUUUGCGCAUGGUGCCUAGGUUGCGGCUCAUCAUAAUGCUCUUACCACGUCGGAUGGUGCCCAUGCUGGCAAACCCGCCAGCGCUUCCUCCUAGAGCGGCCAUGGGAGCCGUGACAGGUGUAUGCUGGUUGUGCUGAAGGAGGGCUUCCUUGGCCCGUUGCGCGGUGGCCAGCGCCAUUCUCUCAGAUUCCCGAAUCAGAUGGUUGCUGUCUUCGAAGUAGAAGAAGUUGAGCGACGCCAGUUCGUGCCACUUAGGCGACUUGAGAACUUCGGCCGGAACGCCGAGUUGCUCGCCAGAGUCCUCAUCGCGCGCGUUGAAGAAACCGAAAAGCAGAUCAAGCCAGUAAAAGACAAUGUCUAAUUCCUGGCGGCUCAGAGGCUUCUGGAUAGAAGGUUUGUCAGAGACAGGAGGAACCAACAGGUUUUCAACAGUCAUAAGAACUUCUUUCCAGAGACGAGUCAUAACUGCAAUCAUGGUGGCAUCGGUUAACGUUUGCUUCAUGAUUGCAAAAUUUUCGUCAAAGUAUGUAAAGAGGUGUGUUAAAGCAUUCUCAGCUUGCUGAGGAGUAGAAGCUGGUGCUGCAGUCUGCACUCUCUUUUUCCAUAGAUUUGUGACUUGCGAUGCCAUGCCGUUGGUCCCUAAGAUUGAGCGUAGUGUCUGAAUAGAUAGCGUAGAGUUGAUUUGCGUCGUCAGCUUGUCCGUGAUUUUGCGAACCAUGUCUCGUUCGGUUCUCUUGAGAUGGCGGAAAGCUUUGCCAAAGUGGAACUGGAUAUCAUCGCGUUCACCCUCCAUGCUGACACGAAUAAGUAGGCGACCCUGGGUGUCAAGGUCAAGCCAGAAUUCGCGAGGGAGAUAGUCACUGAAGUGGCCGGGGUCAAGCUUAAUAGACGUACGGCCAACAUAGUCGUGAUCUCCGAUUGUAUCGUAGUCCCAAAUUGUCGAGAUCAUGUGAACGGGGCCCUGGACUGUAAUAUCGAACGAUUCAUCCCAUCGAGGGUUGAGGUUCUUGUGUAUGAUUCUCGUCUUGUGCAGUCGCUUCUGGUAUUCAUCACCAAACACCACGUACGGGUCACUAAAGCCGUUUGGAUCGCAAGCUUUGAGGUCUUCAGCUUCGACCACCUUAAUGGUAAAAGUGUACCUGCUCGGCUUUCGGAUGUUCUUCUUAUGUCCAUCAAUGCGUUCGAUGGCAGCCGCGCAGCCGUCGACGUUCAUCGACUUCUCUAGCUUAUCCAGUUCCUGCAUGGCAUACUCUACGUUGUUAAGUUUGACGAAUGACUAGAGAGUUGUUAGCUUGGUCUACCGUAGUGAACCCGAAUGGGACUGACUUCAGCAAAAAAUUGGAAAGGUUCUGCCUUUUCUUUCGUGUUCCACGCAUCCUUGGCGUAUUGCAUCCAUUUUUCUUGCGUGGUGCGACCUUGAGCGGCGAGUUCUUCUGCUGAUGGUCGAUCCAUUUCUUUGCCAAAUCGUUGUUCUAGAAUCUCACAGUAUCGGCCGAUGCCAGCCGAGAAACUACGAGCAAGCGCAUUCAUAAAUCGAGCAUGGUGCUCGUGAUUUGCCCACCCUAACUUAUAGACUUGGUCAACUGUUUGGUUGAAAAGCAUGAAAAGGUCGAUAACCGAUACACUGUGUCGUUGUGAAUCUAAAGGAAUGUCCUCUGGUGAAUGCGUUCGCACUUGGAACUGAUCCUGUUUGAUAGCCUCUUCGACAAAGUCCGUCAUUCGCUUUUCUGCGGCUCCAACCCAACGCCAAACAAAGUCAACUAACUGGUUCUCCAAGUUGAACGUGAAUGGUCGACUUGGUAAUGAUUGCUCGUGGAUGCGUCGAAUCUCUACCAUUUCUUUAUAUAACUCGAAGCCGUCCUCAAUAUCGAUUUCCAGUUCGUUUUGAUCGGCAUGCGUCAUGACGGAGCUUAUGAUAGCACCCGCGUCAUUCUCAAAAUUGGGGAACACCUCCUCCACGAGGAUCAAUAGCGGGUUAACACCGACAAUCUCGGGGUUGCUCUUGUAUCUCUUGCGAAUUCGGUCGCACAGCUUAGUAACAGAUUUCCCCAACUUGACGACGUGAGCAAAUUCCCAAUCUUCUUUGUACUGUGGGAUCUCUUUCUGCAUAUACAUUCGGUAAACUUCUGACGCCUUCUCACGAAGAGCCUGAUGGAGAUGUUCUGUAAAAUCAGCCACAGCUUCAGGUUUAGAUACGAAGUUGGCAUUUUCUCGAAUAUGCGUUUCCAAGAUGAACAAGACUGCGCCAAUGUCGGGAGGCUUGCUAUCAUAGCAUUUGUCCAUAAGGCCGAAUAACUCGCGAAGUAAAGAGUCAUGUAGACUUGAUAGGGUGUUUCUGUAUACGGUAAAAUCCUUAAUAGUCCAUCGGCUGGUAGGAAUGUCAGGUAAAGGUGUCGCGUAUUGUUGAAUAUGAGGUGGCUUUUUCUGCUCUGGUUGUGCCGUCUUAAUAAAAUCAAAGAUGGUAUCGAGCUCUUCUGGCACAAUCUCCUGAUCCAUAAACUUUUUGGCUGCUACCUCUAGAAGAACGAUCAGCCGAGUGCUUUGUGGGACACGCCAGCAAACACAGAGCUGUUCCAUUAGUUCCAUAGACGCCUUUGAUAAAGGCUGAUAGUCGGCCGAAGGAUCUGCGUGAAGCUGGUCGUAUGCCAUAGCAUGUUGGAGGAUAUAUUUAUAAAAUAAUCGAGGUUCCGGUGGUAUAAAUGUGUAAAUACCCGUCUCUACGGUUCGAAUGCUGGUCACGUCGCUGAGAGCCAAGGCGGAUAAGCCAGAUGCUGGGUCGAAUUCAAAGGCACCGUCGUCAGCCGCGAUAGCCCGACUAAGAUCUGCAUAGGCUUGAUCCUCGCCGUAUGUGGAUUGCGGACGACUUGGUACUUUCUGCGUUGUGGAGGAUUUGGCGAGCUCUGGUUUUGCCGUGAGGACUUCCAUCAAUAACUGCGAUAGAUGCGGUGCUUCGCCCUUUUUCCACUCCAAAAACGCUUCUUGAACAUCGAAGCUCUCAUUGCUCAGUGCUCCUGACAGAUCCGAAUUGAGUCUGUGCUGGUACGUUUUCAAGUCCUUCAGAGCAGCCUCUUCUGUCCAUAUACCCUUCUUUUCGUUUAUUUCUGCCUGAACAUCUGACAGACUCAUGCCAAAGAUUCCGGCAACGACUUGCACCAUGCCCAUAUCCUUUACAUCAUAGCUCAGCGGAACCGUUACUUCAAUGGUGGUUCCAGUAGAGUCAGUGCUGCCACCCACCAAAUCCUGAUCAUUGGUCAGGAGUUUAUUUUCCAAUGUAUUCAGUCUUGACAUGAGUUCGGGUCGGUCGCGCUCAUGGCCAGUCUCUUUCAACACAUUGGCCGACAGCCUGACAAACAUGGCAAGAUGUCGAUCUGGUAACGUCUUCCAGGAGUCGUCAUCCGGAGCGCGACCCUUUUGGGCCGCCUUUGUGGCUGAUGAGUAGAAUAUCAGAACUAGAGGCUCAAACUUUCGUUCUUUAUCCAUUGUCUUGCGAAAGUUCUUUUCCGAGAAGGCUGUGUAUGCCUCUGCGAAGCUUCUCUUCACUGCAGCAUCACUGAAGCCAGGAAGCGGUUCACUUCCCCUUAAAACUCCACCGACUCUGUCUAACAAAACAGACGCGAAGUUGCUAGGAAGCUUCAGUGAGGACGAGCUGCCAGACACGUAUUCUUGGACUAGUACACCGACACUCGUAUGCGUUCGCGUCGGGGCUUUUGGGGCAGCAGGGACGUAUUGUUUUCUCUUUGCCUUGGGCUGGAGAAUAUAGUGGAGGAAUGCCGUACGCAGGGCAAACGAGCGUGCCUCUUCAUGAUCGACAGUGCGUUGUGCUAUAGAUCGGGAUCGCGAAUGGUCUCGGGCUCGGGCAGAGCUUCUGCUGCUAUUGUUCAGCCGCCUGCUGGGCUGGAACGACGAUCUAGAGGCCGUCGACAUUGUUGCUUGAUCACUUUGCACGAGGCAUGCUGCGAAAAACAGCUUUCCAAAGGAUGUAUGGGUGGAAGAGGGGUCGGGGAUCGAAGAUGCAACGAUUUGGCGUGGCGGAUGGUGUUGAGAGGAGGCAAUGACGUGUGCCUUGUUGAAACGGGAAAAAAUAAAAGAAUGCUCCAAAAUAAAAGAAAGAGGACGAAACAGAAUCAACAAGGCUGGCAGAAAGAUAGCAGAAUCGUAGCAGACUAAAGUCGAAGAGAAGGGUCGGUGCGGUAGACGAAGACUAAGGCUGGCACGAGAGGGGAA